UUGUAAUUAUCCUCGCGUGUAUUUGCAAGUUGUUAAGCAGAAGGCUGUACUUUUUUAAGCCCGCCUGUUUUGCCAUGCUUAGACAACCUGUGCCUACCAAUUCCCGAUGGACCAUCUACACAACCAAUCCAGCCAAGGGCGAGCCUCUCAAAAGCGCGCCCGUGUCUUCGUCUUCGACUGUUUACACCAGAGCUUCGGCAGAGAAACAGACAGAUCCAGCUAAGCAAGAGAUCCCAGGCGUCAUCUCGCACCUUACGCAGUUCAAGCACCUGCUGUGUGGCCCCUGCAAGAGCGUCGUCCCGUAUAAAACGCUCUAUCAUCAUCUCCGCCAUCAUCACAAUAUCCGCCACGCGUUUUGCAAGGCCAUCGUCUCUAAGUACGAGAACGUGUCUGUGUCCCAGACCGAUGCCGAUGUCACGCCUCUCUCAGCUGGAACACCUCCGUUAGACUGCCUACCGCCGCCAGAGCUGGGAUAUUUCUGCCCACGCUGCGAUUACACAACCGUCAAUUGGGACUCGCUCCUGCACCACUUCCGAAAGACACAAUGCGACAGAGGACGUAGGACCCGUGAUGAUCUUUCAUGCUUCCUUCAGAGGUGGGUGUCUGUUCGAAAGAACGUGGGGAGAGCGUGGCGCGUAGAUACCACUAUACCUGUCACGCAACGCGAGACGGAUGUUGCGCUUAGUUGUGACCAGUCUCUUGUCGACGAUCCUGCCACCAUCGCUCUCCUGCGGAUGGAGGCUGAGGAAGAAGCCAGGCUCCUGCGAGAGGAGCAAGAGUCCAUGGCUCUAAGCAAUGAACUUGAGCAUGACGAGAGGACUGACUGGCUGCGUGGCUGUGGCUGGCCGCGCUGGUUUGCCCACAAACCGCUCUAUCUGAUCGUUGCGACUGCGAGGUUGCCAGCCUCCGCCGGUGAAGGGGUUCGCCUCGGUACCUGGAACUGCAUGGAAUGGAUCCACUGUGCAUCUGCCGAAAUGAGACUUCGAAAGCUACUGGGAGUAGUUGCUCUUGUGAUGGAUUGAUGCGAGGAGACGC